UAUUUUGUUCUUACAUAAUAAUCAAAUAAAUAAAAAAAAUGAUUCAAAAAGCAAAACAACUUGCAACAUCAUGGCAAUGGAAUUGGUUACAAUACCCUAUGUUUGCAGCACUCGCUUUAUUCGACAUGUAUUAUAUCCAGGAGCCAGCACUUUGGGCCAGAAUCUUAAUUGGCGUUGCUUUGUUGUCAUCGCCAUUUAUACCUUAUAUUAGACGUUUCACCGUACCUGCCAUGGUUAUCUUCACCUGGCUUAUCACCUUUUACGCCGUCAAGUUCUUUCCUAAUAACAUCAAACCCCAACACAUCUUUGUUAAUUUACUUCCUACCCUCGAACGAAUCAUUUACGGCGCUAAUCUUUCCGAAAUCAUUUCGAAACAUACCCACCCAGUUUUAGACAUCAUCGCUUGGAUACCCUAUGGUGUCAUUCAUUUUGCUUUCCCAUUCAUCUUUUCUGUUCUUUUGUUUAUCUAUGGACCACCAGGUUCUGUAGCUAUUUUUGGUCAAGCCUUUGGUUAUAUGAAUUUAGCUGGUGUCUUGACUCAACUUUUGUUUCCCACUUCACCACCAUGGUACGAGCUCAGUUAUGGCUCCGCUCCAGCUGAUUAUUCGGUACAUGGCCAACCAGGUGGAUUAGCCAGAAUUGACGAUAUCUUGGGUUUAAAUCUCUAUGGUACAACAUUCGGUAACUCGCCUCUUGUCUUUGGAGCCUUUCCAUCGCUUCAUUCAGGAUGCGCGACUAUUGAAAUGAUGUUCCUUGCGUGGUUAUGUCCCAGAUUAAGACCUUAUUGUGUAUUCCAUGUCCUUUGGAUGUGGUUCGCUACCAUGUAUUUGACUCAUCACUAUCUUAUCGAUCUUGUGGGUGGUUCAAUCUACGCUACUGUUGCAUUUUUCUUUUUCCGUCAAUACCUUCCAACUAUUCGUCCUGACUGUCGCACCCGUUUAGACUACAUUGAUUCCGCUGUACCCGUGAAAGGCACCUUUGCAAACUUUUGCCGCUCAAUUGAAAUGGAAAAAUUCGUCUCAACCUUAAAGAUGCGUUCAACUGAUGUAGAGGCUCCUUUGAUGAAGGAAAUUGAUACGAUGGAGGAUCUCUCGGAUGCAGAAGAGGACUCAACCAAUUCCUAUGAUCAUAUCCCUCUUUUAUCAGUUAGAAAAUCACCCUUGACCGUGAUGAUGACACAUGACGGUAGCUUUUCUUUACCAUCUGCAUCCACCUCUCCCACUUGCUCUGGGCCUCCUUCCCCAAUGACCCCAGGCACACCUCACUGGGAUUCAUAUCUGCAACACCAAUAUAAACAACAAUAAUUCACUCAUAUAUACAUAUAUGCAUAUAUUUUACAUACUUACAUUUUAGACCUUUUAUAAUACAUUUAGAAUAAUUUCCCCUUCGCCUAAUACUUAAUCUUAGCACUCUAAUCCUCACACCCAAAUCCUAUUAAUAAAACCCAACUAAUUAGACUCAUUGUCAUACCAC